AUGGCAUCAAAGAAGACUGAUCUUAAACCUGCUGCUGUAAAGCCAAUAAAGAAGGUUGAUACUCUCGACGACCUGUCAAAGUCACAGACAAAGGAGGAGGUCGAGAUCAUUGAGGAUGAUGAGUUUGAAGAGUUCGAAGACAACCUUGAUACUGCUAAUGAUGACAAUGAUUCCAAAGAGCAAUGGGAGGACGACUGGGACACUGAUCAGAUAGAUGACGACUUCUCCAAACAACUAAGACAAGAGAUAGAAUCACAUGCCUCCAACCAGACAGCUAUGAAGCAAUAA